AUGGGCGCUGAGAGAGCACCCCAGAGCCAGCCAUGCACCCCGCGUCUCCUCAUCCUCGUCCCCGCCCUCCUCAGCCUGGCAGCCUCCCUGGCCAGGAAGGCCACGCACCCCCAGGACCCCUUAGACAAAUGCCUGGAGGAUCCUGACUAUGAGCAGCUGCUCAAGGUCGUGACCUUGGGCCUCAACAGGACCUCCAGGCCCCAGAGGGUGAUUGUGGUUGGGGCUGGCGUGUCCGGACUGGUGGCCGCCAAGGUGCUCGGCGAGGCUGGGCACAAGGUGACUGUCCUGGAGGCAGACAACAGGGUCGGAGGCCGCAUCUUCACAUACCGGGAUGAGAAGACCGGCUGGAUCGGGGAGCUGGGGGCCAUGCGCAUGCCCACCUCGCACAGGAUCCUCCACAAGCUCUGCCAGACGCUGGGGCUCAACCUGACCCGCUUCGUCCAGUACGACGAGAACACGUGGACGGAGGUGAACAGUGUGAAGCUGCGCAACUACGUGGUGGAGAAGAUGCCUGAGAAGCUGGGCUACAACCUGCGCCCCAGGGAGAGGGGCCGCUCGCCCGAGGACAUCUACCAGAUGGCCCUCAGCAAGGCCCUCAAGGACCUCAGGACGCUGGGCUGCAGAAUGGCCCUGCAGGUGUUUGAAAGGCACACGCUCCUGGAAUACCUCCUCGGACAGGGGAACCUGAGCCAGCCGGCUGCGCGGCUCCUGGGAGACACGAUGGCCAAGGACGGCUUCUUCUACCUCAGCUUCGCGGAGGCCCUGCGCGCCCACAGCUGCCUCAGCGACCGGCUCCGGUACAGCCGCAUCGUGGGUGGCUGGGACAUGCUGCCGCGCGCCCUGCUGAGCUCGCUGUCCGGACCGAUGCUGCUGCAGGCUCCGGUGGUGGCAGUGAAGCAGGCGGCACACGAGGUGUACGUGCACGUCUCCACGUCGCGCGGGGCCGGCCAGCAGAAGGUGCUGACCGCCGACAUGGUGCUGCUGACGGCGAGCGGGCCGGCGCUGCGGCGCAUCGCCUUCUCGCCGCCGCUCACGCACACGCGGCAGUACGCGCUGCGGGCUCUGCACUACGUGCCGGCCACCAAGGUCUACCUAAGGUUCCGCCGGCCCUUCUGGCAGGACGAACACAUCGAGGGCGGCCACUCGAGCACCGACCGCCCGUCGCGCGUCAUCUUCUACCCGCCGCCGCGGGAGGGCGCGCUGCUGCUGGCCUCGUACACGUGGUCUGACUCGACGGCGUCCUUCGCCGGCCUGAGCACGGACGAGGCGCUGCGCGUGGCGCUCGACGACGUGGCGGCGCUGCACGGGCCCAUCGUGUACCGGCUCUGGGACGGCAGCGGCGUGGUCAAGCGCUGGGCCGAGGACCCGCACAGCCAGGGCGGCUUCGUGGUGCAGCCGCCGACCUUCUGGCACCCGGAAAAGGAGGACGGGCGCACCGUCGACUGGGCGGUCCCCUACGGCCGCGUCUACUUCGCUGGCGAGCACACAGCCAACCCACACGGCUGGGUGGAGACGGCCGUCAAGUCGGCGCUGCGGGCCGCGCUCCGGAUCAACCACCGGGGCCUGCCCGGGCACAAGGCCGAGCCCGUGCAGGUCGCCGGGAGCAGAACCACUAGCGCGCUGGUUGGGCGGGCUCGCCCCUGGGGACCCCCGGAAGCUGCCCUCUGCUGCUUCCUGCACAGAGGGGCUCCGCAGGUGGCGAGGGACAGAGGGGACACCCCGCUGUGGCCCCUGGCCAUCACGGGCGGAGACGAGAGGAGACACAGGCGGGUCCGGAGGCAAACCACCGACGACCGGGUUGACGACGGACCGGCUAUUCCCAGUGACCGGCAUUAG